UGUGCAGUAUUGAACUCUAUGCGAGGUCGGAGUGGUCCGGCGCGGCAGGCGGCGCGGCCGGCUGACCGCUGUCCGCUCGCUGGCGGCUAGUGGCGCGGUGUUCCCCGGCGCGGUGCACUCGCACACUCGCACGCUGCUCUCACUCCACUCUCGUCUCGGCUUCAAAGCAAUUCGGAGCUACAGAUUUUCCCGCCAAAUUUUUUCGCGCCCUUUCUCCACUCAAAACUUUUUAAUUUUUGUCUAAACAAGUGCACAAGGACUAAAUUAUCGAUUGACAUAGUGAUGCGUUGUUUCGUUGUGUUAUUUAUUUUAUUUUUUGUUUUUUUACCGAGAGCGACAGAGGCGAUUCGAUGGUUAGCCUUGCACGAUACUGAAGGUAAUUGGACAGAAAGUGACUGCUGGGACGCAAAACAAAAUGGAAUGCUAUGGAGUGACCAGGCGCGUGUGUGUAGGCGACAGCCGACAGCGAUGCCGCAUGUCGCGGCAGCGGCCAGGCUGGCACGAUCAGCUUGCCUUUCUGCACAUGCUGGUGAACGAUGGAACUGUUCGUCUAUUGAAUUAGCUCCGAAAUUCACACCAGAUUUGCUAACAGGGACUCGCGAGCAAGCAUACGUGUACGCGAUGUCGGCAGCCGCGCUGUCUUGGACAGUGGCGCGAGCGUGUGCGUCGGGCGCGCUGGCCGCGUGCUCGUGCGCCGCGCCGCCCCGCGCGCCGCCGCGCCCGCCGCGCCAGGCCGCGCCGCCCGAGCCGCACGCGCGCUUCAAGUGGGGCGGCUGCGGGGACAACUUUCAGUGGGCCGAAAGAUUCGCAAAACAAUUCUUGGAUGCACAUGAAAUUGAUAUCCGAGAUGGUAAUAUAGAGGAGGACUAUGAUUUUGAUACUACUACGAUGGAUAAACCAACUACUACAACGGAGCCCACUACACAACCGGUCCCAACAACGGCACCACCUGUGGUUAUAUUGGUUGAUGAUCAACCUGCUUCGCCAAAUAUUACCACCGCGACUCCGAGAAAAAAGGGGAGACGUGGUCGCAAGCGAUUGCCAAGAUCUCCGCGUCGUGGAAGACCAACAAGAAAACGAUUCAGAGAACGAUACGAGUACGACGACAGAGGUUUCAAACAUCGCAACAUAGAAUAUCGUAUGGCUGCGGACGACCCUCGCUUUGACCCUCAAGUGGAUUUACAAACACGGCUCGAACGUUUACGUCCGCUCAUAGCUUCUGCAAACUUGAUGAACGGUCGCUUUGGUAGAAAAGUAAUAUCUAGCGGCAUGCGUACGAAAUGCACCUGCCACGGCGUGUCAGGCUCAUGUUCGGUGCGCACGUGCUGGCGCUCGCUGGCCCCGCUGCAGCGCGCGGCGGCGGAGCUGGCCCGCGAGGCGGCGCGCGCGGGCCCGCUGCGGGCUCGGCGCCGCGCCGCUCGCCCCAAGCCGCGCCUGCGGUACGUCACGCCCAGCCCGGACUACUGCGAACCGGACCACGCAGCUGGAUCACUCGGCACUCAUGGCAGGAAAUGCAACGCAAGCCUGGGCAGCGCAGCGGGCGGGUGCGGGCGGCUGUGCUGCGGGCGCGGGCGGCGCGCGCUGCGCCACUCGCGGCUUGAGCGCUGCCGCUGCCGCUACCACUGGUGCUGCCGCGUCGACUGCCAGCUCUGCCGCGUCACCAGCGAGGAGCACUACUGCAACUGACUGCAUCACACAUAACACGGCUUGAGAAACGCCGACUAGAUUAUAGUGUUGCCGUUUGAGAUGUUAAUACUCCAUUUACUGUGUUCUUAAUAUAUUUUAUAAUUAAAUUAUUAUUUGGCCUCAUUAUUUUUAUGUUUAAAAGUGUUUAAGAAAAUUUUUUAAUAUAAUAUGUUCGUUUUUUAAGAAGAAAUUGUUUCAAACCCAUAUAGAAUAACGGAGAGUUCAGAAUGUAAAUGUGUGUUCUGUUCUUUUCAACUCUCGACGUGGCUCUUAGUUUAGUACCGGUAUGCAGUAAGAUUUGCUUUGCCAUUUCUAUACAGUCAGCUUCUAUCAUUAAGACAGUCUUCCUUAAGAGAAUCCUUAGCGUAUGUUGUAGCCUAGUUUUGUUGCUGAUGUCCUUAAAUAGUUUAAAGUACGUUCCAAAUUUAUUUUUCGUUUCAAAGGUUUAUAAAUUCGUACGUUCGUAGUAUGUACCCACGUACGUACAUAAACUUGUACCUUAUCCUAUUGGCAAAAAACUUGUAUCAAAAUUAUUACAAAUUUCCACAAAAACGCCGAGGAUGUUUAUAAUACAUACGUUUACUAUUUCUUUAUUAUAAGACGUUUUAAAAAUAAGUAUUUGUAAUGCCACCAAAGAAAUUCCUACGCGUACAAUAAUGUACUAGUCAUAUUUUUUGGAAUUGAUGUAUAAUUUCUAGUUUAUAAAAUCAUACGUGGAUGCUUGUAGAAAUUAUUCUAAUGUAAUGUAUUUAUUUAACAUAUAAAUCGAUGUUGUACUUAGAAUAUCCACUUUUAAUCCUUUAUUUAGGCAUAGAUAAUUAGACUAUUCUGUACGACAAUAAAUGUGUGUAGUUUAGAUGUAGGUGCGUUAGAUAUUAUGCAUGUAUUUUUCCGCACAAAUGUAUCUUGUAAAUAAAGUUUUAAAAAUCAUGAUCUUAAAAAUUGUAUGAAUUAUGAGACAACGAUAUUAGAAAUAAAUAAAAAUCUUAAUAACUUAUUUCCCUUUGUUGUCUCGACUGUAAAUAAAUUCGUACUUAGAUUGA